UCCACUCUGCAACUCUGUGAAGUCCUGUGAGAAGCAUCAGCCAUGAGGAUCCUGUUCCUGCUCAUCCCCUUGUUCCUCCUGUUGGUCCCAGGUGCUGCAGCAGGAAAACAUGCCAAGUGCAUCCGACGAGGAGGAUUCUGUGCUCUGGGGGGCUGUCGUUUCCCCUAUAAAUAUGUGGGAGUUUGUUCAACACUGAGUCACUGCUGCAAAAUCUCUGUGAACAUCUAG